GCAACUGACUCAGAAGUUGAAGAAGAAGCAGAGACCGUAAUUUUUCCACGACUCAACCUAGCGAUUUACCCAGCCAUUCGAACCGCAAUCGGGCCUAUAGCCAGCCGGAAGCAUUUAGAGCGUGUUCAGCAGAGUGCGGCAACUUGGAAGCGGUGCAUCCCGAGAAAUCGCAGUGCGAAAGGGCUCCGAAAACCGCUGGCCCAGCCCCAUUAUAAACAGAGAGGAGGGGUGGAGAGUGGAGAGUGCGCAGCCGAGGAGUGUGGAGAUUGGAGAGAGCGGAGCGAGAAGAGAGGUCAGCAAACCCGUAAUUAAGAAAAAGUAGACACGUACGUUGUGGAAGAUGUCAUCCGGAGAUUUUGGCAACCCGCUGCGGAAGUUCAAGCUCGUCUUCCUGGGCGAGCAGAGUGUGGGCAAGACCUCACUGAUUACGCGCUUCAUGUACGACAGCUUCGACAACACGUACCAGGCGACGAUCGGAAUUGAUUUCCUAUCGAAGACCAUGUACCUGGAGGAUCGGACCGUGCGCCUGCAGUUGUGGGAUACCGCGGGACAGGAGCGAUUCCGUUCGCUGAUACCCUCGUACAUUCGCGACUCCACAGUGGCCGUCGUCGUGUACGACAUCACCAACACCAACUCGUUCCACCAGACCUCGAAGUGGAUCGAUGACGUGCGCACGGAGCGGGGCAGCGACGUCAUCAUUAUGCUGGUGGGCAACAAGACGGAUCUCUCCGACAAGCGUCAGGUUUCCACCGAGGAGGGGGAGCGCAAGGCGAAGGAGCUUAACGUGAUGUUCAUCGAGACAAGCGCCAAGGCCGGCUACAAUGUGAAGCAGUUGUUCCGAAGGGUGGCCGCGGCACUGCCCGGCAUGGAUUCCACGGAGAACAAGCCCUCCGAGGACAUGCAGGAGGUGGUGCUGAAGGACUCACCCAACGAGACAAAGGAUCCCGAGGGCGGCUGCGCCUGCUAGAACCGGUUGAGCCGACGAUCCAACUAUCCUCUCCCCUUUCAACAGCAGGAGCAGAUGCAGGAGAUCGGCCAGCCGCACUGGUGUACACAGGUGUCAGGUGUAUGUACUGGCCGGAUCUGCGGCGAAUUCCUCAACAUCAAUACACACAUACACACUUUACGUUUAAGUUUAUUUAUAAAGUAACAAAUGAUAGCAAAGGCAAAUAGACUAAACAACAAUUAACGAAA